AUGCUCGCCCCAGUGCACUUGCUGUCCUACUCGGCCCUCCUGGGCAUGCAGCUGUGGCAGUCCUUUGCCGUCACCAAAAUCACCUUUCAGGCCCUGCCACGUUCCGCUUUCACCACCCUCAACAAGCGCAUCUUCCGCGCCUACUUCCUCACCCAGUCCGUUCUCGUCCUCGUCACGGCAGUCACCACACCCACAAACAACCUGCUCACUCUGCUCUCCUGGCUUCCGCUUCUGAGGGCCACCACCACAACAACCACCACCAGCGACAACAGCUCCUCCCCAAGCACCGCAACAUGGGGCAUCACUUUUGCCAUCAUGUCCGUGUCGUCCCUGCUCAACCUCUUUUUGUGGGAGCCCCGGUCACGCCAGGCCAUGAUCGACCGCACGCACCAGGAGACCCGCGACGGCAGGAACAAGCAACCCCUCGCCCUGGAGCCCACCCCCGAGAUGCAGGCAGUCAACAAGAGGUUCAAGAGGAGCCACGCCAUGUGCAUCCACCUGAACCUCGUCACCAUCGGCUCGACAUUGUUUUGGGGUUGGGUCCUGGCGGCACGCUUGAGGUUUGAGUAG